AUGGUCGCGGAUGUAAAGAGGUUCAUUAAGCUCAUCACUGAGCAGCGCAACAUCGACAAACCUGCUGCCCAAGAAGGGUUUCCGAUGAAAUCAUGGAACAUCGAGAUCUAUGUGUUGGAUGAAGCUGGCAACGAGAGGCCUGCAAACUGCUUCACCAAGGCAAUUUACAAUUUACAUCCUACUUUCCCUAACCCAACUCAAACCUUCACUGAUCCUCCCUUCCGCUGCGAGAACGAGGGAUGGGGCGAGUUCGACCUGUCGAUUGAUUUAUUCACUACGGAAAAAGGUGGCAAGCACAGCAUUGCACACGAUCUAAACUUUGCCAAGUCGCGCUAUGAAGCCAAACAUCCUAUUACAUUCAAGAACCCUAGCCGAGAGUUGAUCAAUGCAUUGAGAGAGACGGGACCGGUGCCAGGAGACGAGAAUGGAGGCAUUAGUAGAAAGAAGGAUGCUGAUGGCAAAAAGAGGAAGAGGACGGGACAGAUUGAUAUGGAGAAGUUGGCGGAGGGCUUGGUGAAGUUGCAGGAGGAUGAUCUUUUACAUGUGGUGCAGAUGAUACAUGAUAAUAAGAGUGAUGAUACGUAUACGAAGAAUGAUAUUGAUCAAGGAGAGUUCCAUGUCGAUUUGUAUACGCUACCUGACACGUUGGUCAAGAUGCUUUGGGACUUCGUUAAUGCUCCGACAAAAGCUUAUUAG